ACCCUUGAAAGAGAUAAUGAGCUGCAAAGGGAGAAGGUGAAAGAAAAUGAAGAAAAGUUCCUUAGUCUUCAAAACAAGCAUGAGAAAGCACUAGAAACUUGGAAAAAACAUGUUGAAGAACUUAAUGGAGAAAUUAAUGAGAUUAAAAAUGAGUUAUCAUCACUUAAAGAAACUCAUACUAAGUUACAAGAACAUUAUGACGAAUUAUGCGAUCAGAAAAAGUUUGAGGAAGACAAGAAGUUUCAGAACCUUCCAGAAGUAAAUACUGAAAUGUCAGUGGAAAAAUCAGAAAACACCAUCAUACAGAAAUAUAAUUCCAGGCAAGAAGUUAGGGAAGAAAAUACUGAGAGUUGUUGUUUAGACACUGAAUACAGAGAAAAGGAGGAAAAGAAAGAAGCCCCAUUUAUAGAAGAAAUCACUAUAGACUUACAACCUUUUGAAAAAAGCCCCAAGAAGAAAAUUAAUACUAUUGUACCUCAGAAUGAAAAUCAAAGUGAAAUCUCCCUAAGCAAAACCCUCAGCAUAGAAAAAGAAUUAAUUAGUCAAGGACAAACCUUGGAUGUUACUGACUUUACAAAAGUGGUUGCUACAGAAAUACAAGACAAGGUGGACUUGGAAAAAGAUAAUGGGUGUACAGAAUUUAAAUCACCAAAUAUUUCUUUUUUAGUGGCAGAUAUAUCAAUAGAAAGAGAAAAGAUACAUCCAGAAAGAACUGAAGGAUUAGAUCAUCACCAUGCAGAUGUACACCUGGGGGUUGAAAAUAACAGAACAUCAUUUAACAGUAUUUUAGAUGAGAUGGCUUGCAAUAUAAAUCAUAAAAAAGAUGUUUCUGAAGAUGAACCAUUCAAACAACAAUUCAGAUUGCUUCCAGGGACUCAAGAAAAUGACACGGAGAAGGAAAUUACAAAUAGUUGCCAAACCAAAGCAGAUUUGGAUUCAUCUCUAGAUGUAAAAAGGAAUCUUGUCCAGUGUCAGAAAUAUAAUUUACUGGAUUCAAGUAAUGUUAUGUUAGAUGAUAAACAAUGUAAAAUAAGACAAAUACAACUGUUAAAUAAAAAAAGUGAUUGUAGCAUAUCGCCAUUUAAAGAAAUUUCAGAUUUUCAGCAAGUUGGUGAUGAUACUUCAGAGCAACCUGAACUAGCUAUUCCCUGUGAUAUAGCAAUCAGCCGCCCCAUUUCUUCUGCUGUUUUCAGUGACAAUUUGAAUGUACUUUUAAAGAAUUCAGAUAAAAAUGUUAAUAUUAUGCCUGUGUUGGUGACACCCAGCUCAAGCCCUGUGAAAAGAACUAUAUAUAGGAAAAAUGUGAAUGAUAUGCAUAACAGUCAAGUUAAGAACUGUUUGGGGUAUCUAGAAAACAAUGUGACUGUUUCCCAUCUUCAGAUUAACAAUGAGAAUAUAGAUGUUUCACAAGCCAAAGAUAUGAAAACUGCUAUUCAUUUGAAAACUUCCACAGAAAUACAGUUUUCCAGUAAAGAGAGUCAGAUUGAUGAGAAUCAGAGAACUGAAGUAAAAAAAAAUGACCUCUUCCCUAAUGAAAGACAGCAUACAUUGUUAAACAGUACAGAGAAAACAGAGUCAUUAAAUGACAUUGUUUCAGGAAAAAUUUACAGUGAAGGACAGCUGGAAGAAUCAUGUCCAUUUCACAUAAAGCCAUCUGGAGAUUUAGUAAACAGAAGUGGAAGGUCAGCCUUUGAUCUUUCAACUUCAGAUAAAAAAACUGAGAAAACUCUAGUAUAUGUGAAUUUUUUAGACCCCAGUUCCUGGCCAAAAGUAAAUCAAAUUGAAAGUCAAACAGUGAGCACUUCAACAUCUAGCAUUCCUUUGUUGCUGAAGAAGAGACCAAUAGGUAUAUUAGAAAACAGAAAGAUGCUUUCGUUGACACCUUGUAAAAAUGUUGGUGUGGAUGAUGAUGGGAAGGAUAGUGGACCAGAUAGUACCAGCAUUAACAGAGUUGCUGACAUUUUGAAUAACUCGCGUAUCCAUCCAGAUCCCAGGAGAGAGCCCAGUGAAGAGAGGAAUGCAAUUGCAAAGACUUUCUGUGAUUCUUCUUUUCCCACAGAACAUGUGAAAACAAAGCCUCUGAAAUCAACCCUGCCACAAAGCCAUUUUCAGGAAAUCAAGAUUAAAACCAGUGGUUUGGCUGUGUCUUCUACUGGUGAAGAUGACUGGCAGAGCUUGGUAACAAAUCAAAUAAAUGAAAUUGAAAAGUUUCUAAGCUCCGAAAAUGACAACCAACCUAAAAAAAGAAAAGCAGAAGAGAUGGUAGGAAAAACUGAUUAAAAUAAUGUUGAUAAAUUCUUUCAGUGGUGAACUGAUUUAAUUGAAAUAUUGAUGUGGUUUAGACUAGAACACGACUGUUACAUCUAAAACUUUAUAGCUGUAGUCAGUUUUCCAACUUUUCCUGUGAUGAAAUUGUGUUACUGUUAACGUUUUCUCUCAGUAAAUGCUUCAUUUAAGAUAGCUAAGAUUGCAAGGUUUGAUGUUAGCAUUCAGUUUCCCUUAAUUAAAUGUGUCUUUCCUCCAUAUACUCUUUCAUCAAAGCUCUUGCUGCACACUCCAAAACCCUCCCUUACAGAAUACAACUUAUGUGUUAUACAAAACAGACAUAGUGACCCUUUGUAAUUUAUUACUUUGUACGCCUGAAGAUUGUGAUUUCUUUUAAAUUUGAGACAAUAACUAUCCAGACUGUAGU